AUGGCGGAGCGGGACCGGAUCCUGGAGAGGGAGCGGAGGCAGAUGGAGCAGAUCCUAGAGCUGGAUAUGGAGGAGCUCCAGGUAGAGGAGGUCGACGACGACGGUUCAUCCUCCUCCUCCGACGUCGACACCUUCCUCAGAAAUGCUCAUGGAGAUGGAGGGAUUAACACUUCUGAGGAGCUUAUGGUUGAUACAUCUACUGUUUCCUUGCAAGAUGACACCUACCUUGAGGCAAAGAUCGAUGGUGCACGAGGCAAAUUUGCUUUCCUGGAUGGAGACAGAGUCCUGAAUCUGCCAACGUUUUACCUUCAAGGAGUUGUUUUGUUUCCUGAAGCUUCCCUACAUCUUCGAGUGUUUCAGCCUAGAUUAGUGGAAGCUAUUGACAAGGCUAUUAAUCAUGUUGAUGCUCCAUGCAUGAUAGGCGUGGUUUAUGUUUAUCGACACACAAAUGAUGGACAUUAUACUAUUGCUUCUGUCGGGACAAUGGCAGAGAUACAGAAAAUUCAACAGUUGGAUGAUGGUUCAUCAUGUAUUUUCUCUCAUGGUCAGCAGCGGUUUCGUCUUAUGCGCCAUUGGUUGGAUGUCGACGGAGUACCAUGGGGUGAAGUCCAAAUUAUUGAAGAAGAUACACCUCAAAGAACUCCAAGAGAUGCUUUUGGACAGUUAGCUGCAACUAACAGUUUCAGGCAAUGUGCUUCAUCGAUAGUGCCCAGUUUGCAUGCGUCAUGUUCUACACAACUUGAUCAUGUGGAUUCUGAUAUGGAUAGGGAUUCUCUAUCACCCACUAGCACUUCAAGUGACUACUCAGUAACAGAUAAAAGAAUAUACCUUUUAGGUUCCCGGUCCAGUGGCUUGGUAAGGUGUGGUAUUGUGGAUGAAUCCUCAAAUGAAGGCCAAAAUUCUAUACCUGAACAGUCUUGCCAGAGCCAUGAGUCUGUAAAAGAAAUUGAUGGGUAUGGUCAACCAGAUAAGAAUACAAACACAGGAGAUGAUGAUAAUCUUUGUUUCAUAUCCUCCAAAUCCUUUCAGAGAGCAAGAAAGAAAGAUACUAAACAGCAGAAACGCUACUUUGCAACAAAAAAUGCAUCACAGGCCCCAUUGUCAUUUUGGCCUCGCUGGGCUUAUGAGAUGUAUGAUUCGUAUUCACUUUCUAGGAGAGCUGCAGAUUUGUGGAGACAAGUAAUUUUAAACCCAAGCAUGGAUGAUCAUGUGAGGAAACCAAAUUAUUUGUCAUUUUGCAUUGGAAGCAAACUUCCUAUCUCAGAGUCUCUAAGGCAAGAAUUGCUUGAGAUUGAUGGAAUCUCAUAUCGACUACAGCGGGAGAUUCAGCUACUCAAAGCCUUCAAUUUCAUACGAUGUAGAAAUUGCCUGACCCGUAUUGCAAGACGAAGUGACAUGGUGGUGACGUCCAGUGACAGCCCAAUGUCUUCUCACAGCAAGCCCCACAGUUCUGUGAAAGAGAUUAUCACAGUAUACAGUGCCACUGGCCUUGCACUGCGCGGCGACCCUUCCAAAACUCACAGCUGGUUUCCAGGAUACACAUGGACGAUCGCGUUGUGCAGUGCCUGCCAGUCCAAUAUAGGCUGGCUGUUCAGAGCCGAUAACAAGAACCUGCAUCCGAGAUCCUUCUGGGCGAUACGGACUUCCCAAAUUUCAGAUGAUACACAAUCAAGAUAG